AUGGCGCAACAAUCGUUGAUCUACAGCUUCGUCGCUCGUGGUACCGUAAUCCUCGUCGAAUUCACCGAUUUCAAAGGCAAUUUCACAUCCAUCGCUGCACAGUGCCUUCAAAAGCUUCCUUCCUCGAACAACAAGUUUACCUAUAACUGCGAUGGUCAUACCUUCAAUUACCUCGUCGAAAAUGGAUUCACCUAUUGUGUUGUUGCGGUUGAUUCAGCUGGGAGGCAGAUUCCUAUGGCCUUCUUGGAACGAGUUAAGGAGGAUUUCAACAAGAGAUACGGUGGUGGAAAGGCUGCGACUGCUCAAGCAAACAGCUUGAAUAAAGAGUUUGGGUCGAAACUGAAAGAGCAUAUGCAGUAUUGCAUAGAUCAUCCUGAUGAGAUUAGCAAGCUUGCUAAGGUGAAAGCUCAAGUGUCUGAAGUUAAAGGUGUAAUGAUGGAAAACAUUGAGAAGGUUCUUGACCGUGGUGAGAAAAUUGAGCUCUUGGUGGACAAAACCGAAAACCUUCGUUCACAGGCGCAAGAUUUCAGAACACAGGGAACUCAAAUGAGAAGAAAGAUGUGGUUUCAGAACAUGAAGAUAAAACUCAUUGUUCUUGCAAUCAUCAUCGCCUUGAUCCUCAUCAUCGUCCUCUCGGUUUGCGGUGGCUUCAACUGUUCUAAAUAG